CUGCCCGAGCCAAAAGGGAAGAAGAAAAAAACAGACAAUCGCUUUUAGUAUAGCCUCACUCUCACACACUUACACUCUCACAAACACGCACACACACGCACACACACCCACACACAACACGUAUUAGAUAACGACUGGAGCGAGAGCUGAAGACGUUUUAAAGGACCAAGAUAAGGCGCGCUGCGUGGAGCACCUCUGUACCUCGCGGGGGGCUCGCGGGGGCCAUGGAUCAUAUUGGAGCGCAUCUCCAGCACAUUCACGCGGAGCCCAUCAGCUUCGGGAUCGACCAAAUCCUUAACAAUGUGGACCAAAGCUGCAUGCUCGGCGAUCGGAUGCCCGAGCCGGACUAUGGCCUCGGCUGCAUCGUCAGCACUGCCUACAACACCAUGACUAGUAACUUCACCGGCGACAACUCUGGAUAUAACGGCAACGCAUGUGGGGUCGCCAAUCUGAGCGGCACCUAUAACAUGAACGUGGGGAUGAACGUCAGUGGGAAUAACGUUAACGCAGCUGGAGUCAUCCGUGUGCCCGCGCACCGGCCUCUGAACAGUGGACACUCGUCCAUCCCCUACGGCAUGUCCACGAUGCCAGGCUCGAUUAACAACCUGACGGGAUUUACAUUCCCCUGGAUGGAGAGUAACAGAAGAUACACCAAAGACAGGUUCACCGUGGCGCUCUCACCCCUCACUGUAACACGUCGUGUAGGUCACCCGUACCAGAACCGGACGCCCCCCAAGAAGAAAAAGCCCCGGACGUCUUUUACUCGCCUGCAGAUCUGCGAGCUGGAGAAACGCUUUCACCGACAGAAGUACCUGGCUUCCGCAGAGCGAGCGGCUUUGGCCAAGGCCCUCAAGAUGACUGACGCACAAGUCAAAACAUGGUUCCAGAACAGAAGAACAAAAUGGAGGCGGCAGACAGCUGAGGAGAGAGAAGCAGAGCGACAGCAGGCCAACCGGAUCCUCAUGCAACUCCAACAGGAGGCUUUUCAGAAAACGAUAAACCAACCGGCAAACCCGGACCCGCUGUGCCUGCAUAACAGCUCCCUGUUCGCGCUUCAGAACCUCCAGCCAUGGACUGAGAACACCGCCAAAAUCAGCAGCGUGUCCGCCUGCGAAUAACAAACUCUGACCGCAUUUCUUUUCUCUUCUUUUUGAAAGUGAGUGGAGUCAUAGCGAACAACUUUUUAAGAUCAUCAACUUGAAAAAUAUGACUCAAGAGGACCUGGAUUUAUCUGACUGCCUCAAAAAAGGUUUAGGUUGAAAGCAUGGAGUGAACAAGAAGCUCAUAGCCACCGGAAGUAGGGGUGUUGAGGGUGCUGCAGCACCCCCUGAUAAAUCAUAAUUAAAUACACAUAUACAUACAUACACAUACAUACAUACAUACAUACAUACAUACAUACAUACAUACAUACAUACAUACAUACAUACAUACAUACAUACAUACAUACAUACAUAACAAUAUAAAUAAAAUCACCAAACUAGUGCACUGGACCUUAAUGACUCCUGUAUGAGUGGAGAAAAAUAGUCGUUAAUGCGGGAUAUGUUUUCUUUCUCAGCACCCCCACCCGGAAAAAUCUUCCUGCAGCCAUGCACGAGUCCAUUAGCAACAUGCUUUUAGAGGACUGUGCAAUAGUUCACCUUAUCUUCCUGCUUUUAGGUGAUAACAUUUUUAGCAGUUGAAUUAAUUGUCAUUUUUCAAUCAAAUAUAGUCCAGUUCUAACUAUGAACUAAGACUAUAGCUAGAUUCAAAGAAGUGAGCACUUCUUUUAGCACUUUUCUCCUAGAGGAAAACUUUGGCAUAUUCAUUCAUACCUGAUCAUUUGAGGAAUAGGCCUAAUUCAAGAAAAAUGUAUUGGUUUCAAAAAUAUGAAUUUGCUGGUAUAGAUUCACUAGCCUGCCUGUGUCUCAUAACAGUGAUGCUUAUAUCAACCGUUUAUAUUGAUAGCGAUGGUUAUGAAUCGCUUUUAGCAGUUAUGCAACCCCUUUAUCUCUUUGCAAGGGAAGAAUCAGUGGCAAAAGGUUCAAAUGUACCACCUCAUCAAGUUUCUGUUGUGAAUGAUUCAUCAUCGUUGACCUCUUACCACAUUACACAAGCACUUACUCAUUUGGAUGAUACUUUAUUGCACUCUACUAUUUACCUGGUAUUUGCAGAAAUUAGGUUAUACAGUUGCCUGAUCAUUAUACAAUAUUAUUUGUUGUCUUUGUCUUUCAAACAAGCACAAUGUUAGCAAUAUGAACAUGGCUUUGAAUUGGUUGAAGUGUAAAUGUGUUGUUGUUUCGUUAAGUAGCCUAUCCAUUGUUACUGCAUAAUGUAAUUUCUUAAUAAAUACCAGGUAAACAGCUGAAUUAUGACUGUAAAAUAAGGUGUUACUUCUUCAACUUUCUUGUACUCUAUAAUCCUAUAAUCAUUUCAGUUAUGUUGAUCAAUUUAUACGUAUAAUGACAGGCUAGAAUUAUAAGGCCAUAUGAAAUAUAUUUUUAAAGAAUUAAUACAGUUGUACUUUGUGUAUUUGUCAUAUUUUGUUUUAAACCAAUGAUCGUGCAUCAUGGAGUACAUGGAGUGAACUACAUUGCUGUGUAUGGGACAACUGAUGGCCAAAGCCCUCUUUGACUAUAGGAUCCAUCCCUGAUAUACCUGCCCUCUAUUAGUCAAUACCAGACCUUUAUAAUGGGUGUUUCCAGCAAGUGAUUGAUACUGGUUGCAUGAUCAUGAUUAAUGUCUACUUUUUGGAAUAUGCAGCUGUGUAUUUUGUGUGUUAGUUAACAUUCAUUGCAACUGUAAAGUGUGUGUAUGUGUGUGUUGAUCGUAUCCAGCUGUAGGACAGUGUGUUUGUGAGUUAGUCCAGGGCCUCUCCCCAUGGUCAAAAAGGAAUGUAGGGUAGAAUUGCCUCAUCUACUCGGAAAUAUCAGCACUGCAGCGUCACUUAAGUGGCUUUCCCAAAACUCCUGAAAUUCUUAAACCGAGCAGGCAUGAUGGCUUUCAGUUUUUUUCAAAGCUCUCAAUGGAAAAAGGUGGUAAAAAUGUCUGAAAAUGUAAAAGAAGUGGACAAGUGCAGUGAGCGGCAGAUUGACUGCUUAAUAUGUAAGCAAGCAUAACACCUUCCAUUUUGUUCGUUGUCCUCAGCCUUUUCAGUUUUAGUUUGAUCCGUAUUCUUUAUUUAUGGCUUCAUUAAAUUACAAUUAUUUAGGCUUGUUUUAUGUCAUCAAAUACAGUUCCUGCAUGCAUUUCAUUACUGAAGUAAUAUGUUAUUGUAUUUCUACCAAGUGAGCGUUUACUGUUUGUUUUGUCUGCCACAAUUCAGUUGCAAAUCCACAAUCUAAUAACAUUCGUAUAUCUUGACACAGCCACAAAUAAUGUUCAGUUCUUGUGCUACUGCUAUUAUUCGGCACCCUCUUUUGUACCGUAUGAAAUGUGUUCAUUUCCACAAACAUGUUCUACGUUUGAUCUCACUGCGCUUUGCUUCCUUAUGAUCUGUAAUACUGCAAUGCAUUAAUCACUACACAAUCUCCACAUUAGCAUUAAUCAGGACUUACAGCUUAGUAUCCUGUUUAUAGCACAGUAAUGUAUGAUUCUGCCACAGUAAGUCACAGAAGCCCAUGCAUUUUUCAUUCACCACCAGGGAAAUAAAGCAGUAUAUUCUUAACAUCAUCAAUAAGAAGUUGAAACAUAAUUAUCAAUAAACCGAUCUCUGUCAUGUCCUUCAUUGCUACAAUUAAUUUGCAAUGAAUCAUAUUGCUGUAUAAAAAUGAUUGUAUGACUCAAAUUAGCUACAGUAUAAUCUAUUCUUGGCUUUACACACAUACGAAUCACUGUACCAUUCAAAGCCAUUGUGUAGUCUAUGUCUCUGAAUUUGAAAUGUAUGAAUGGAGCGAGUUUUUUUUUUCUCAUUUUGAACUGCAUGCAAAAUCAAUUGUCUAUUGCAGACUUUAUUCUGCAAUCAUUGUUUAAUCAUAUUCUUGAACAGAAUAUGGCAAUUUGUAUGUUACAUUUUUUUAUUAAAUGAUUCAUGCUUU